ACAGCGAAAAAACCUUAUAUUAAAGAACUUGAUUAAAUUCAUGUUUCUUUUGCACAUUAGCAAAACAUUCCGGUCAAACCUUCACACGAUCACAUUCGGUGCAUUCAGCAAGCAGCUGACAGCCUCUGGAAGCUUUCUCAUACUCAGAUGCAGCCCAAGGACAAUGGAAGGAAAUGGGAAGCUCCCAGCACAUAGCCAAGACUUCCAGAAGUCUCCCCGAACGCCAAUGUGAAGCUUUAGAGCACAUUUUUAAGCAAUAAUUCAGACUUCAGAUCUGCUGGAACAAACUUGGUCACCUGGGACGGGGAAAAGGUGGAUCCAAAGCGAUGGCUGAAGAAAUACAACUCAGAGAGAAGAAGCCGAGAAGUUUGCCUCGGUCCGAUGGGUGUGGUCUCUAUAACUUUGACGCUUUGGAUUUGUCUGGAGGGUUAAGGAUCGUCGUGGUGGGCAAGACUGGAUCAGGGAAGAGCGCCACAGGAAACACCAUCCUGGGCAGAGCUGCCUUCAAAGAAGAUCCGAGCCCGAUGUCGGUGACCAAGCACUGUGAGAUGCAGAGCGGAGAGGUGGACGGGAUCCCAGUCCAAGUGAUCGACACGCCGGGGCUGUUUGACACAGGAAUCACAGAGGAGGAACUGAAGUCCAGGAUAGAAGAGUGCGUCAAGAUGUCGGUCCCUGGACCCCACGCGUUCCUUCUGGUGAUCAGGCUUGGAGUCAGGUUCACCGAGGAGGAGAGGAACGCCGUGAAGUGGAUCCAGGAAAACUUUGGCGACGACGCCUCCAUGUACACCAUCAUGCUGUUUACGUGCAAGGAUCAAGCCAAAGCAGACAAUGCCCUGAAGGAGUGCAAGGAGCUCCGGAGACUUUCGAUCACGUUUGGGCGCAGGUACCACGCCUUCAACAACAACGACGCGGACGACCGCGUGCAGGUCACAGAGCUCAUCAACAUGAUCAAGGAAAUGGUACAAGACAACGGCGGGAAGCACUACACGAACGAGAUGUAUGAGAAAGCCCAGAGGAAGCUCAGGGAGGAGGAGGAGCGCAGGAGGCAGGAAGAGGAGGAGAAGAAGGAAGAAGAGAGGAAGGUGUGGGACGAGGAGAGGGAGAAGCAGCAAAAGGAGCGAGAGAAGAAGAAGCAGGUUCGGAGGAAGAACAUCCGCGUGGCCUCGGCUGCCGCGGUUGUGUUGGUGUUAGCCGGGGUCGUCAUAGCGGUGGGAGCGAACACCACCGUGGCGCUGGCUCUAGGGGCUCCGACGCUCGUCCUCGGGGUUUUAUGUGGUUUAGCCGCCAUUUGGGUUUGGAAAGGGAUAAAAUGUAAAGCUAAAAAAAACAGUCCGGUGUAAUUAACACAAAAUCCUGUCUGUCGGUAGUAAUAUUACAAAUAAAGAUCGGAUGUAGAAUAUCUUCCACAAAAUUAGCUAAUAUCCUUUUCUGGUUUUCGGGAAAUGUUUCUCAAAUGAACAAAGUAAAGCUUGACUGGAAAAUGAAUUUAAAUUAGAAAUAUUAUUUAGGUCAGGGGUGUCAAACUCAUUUUUAUUUGGGGCCAUAUCAAGGUCACAAAUGUUCUCAAAUGGCCAGUUGUGGCAGAAUGUAUUGAAAAAAAGCUACCCACUAAUAAACUGUUAAAAUAUCAA